GAAUUAAAUUAGCAUAAUUAAAAUAAUUAUUAAUUAGAAUUAAAGCGAGAGUAUGGCACUUAGGUGAUCUUAGGUACUUUCAGUUUAACCCACAACCCCGCCUAUCUUAAUUGAUGGUAUAUUUGACAGGGUUUCGUUGCCCGUGCACUCACAGAUCAGAAGUCUUCGCAUUGUAUUGCAUGCAGGAAGUUAGUUACCUGUGCAUUGACCAGAGCCCAAAUUCCAGAUAUUUCUCGAUUAAUCCUACUCUGUGCCAAUUCUUUCCGCAGUCUCUCUCUUUCCUUCCAUUAUCUCCUCCUCUAUUUUUCUUUCACUUCUUUACUCCUGCCAUUUCGUUAGAAUAACAUAUAAAGAGUGAUAACGUCAGAAGCAGAUUUUCCUUCUUUAUACGCUCUUGAUAACUUGUGUAUUGAAUCGUACGGCCUUACGAGACAUUCAGACAUGAAUGUAAUUUUUUUCAGCCACUAGAUGGCGGCACCUUGUAGUAGCCUGUAGAAAGCAAACCGGAACCUCUGCCGGAAUUAUUGAUACCCAUUUCAGUUUUCACCAAACAAAAUCGUCAGCUUAGCGCACACCAACUUCAACAAGGAAAUGAGUUUACUUAGCCACUAAAUGUGACACAAUUGGGAACUAAUUAGAAUAGGAAGGAAUAGGAUUAGUUAGGAAACUUGAACUAUUUCCAGUUAUCGAGGUCCUUAAGCUGUAGAACUAAUUUACGAAAAUCACACGGCUUGUUAAAGUUUAGCCUAGGACUUCUUUAUGAUGAGUAACGUUACACUAAUGUCCUUCUUAAUAUUGGUCCUUAAAGUAUGUAGUAGGGCUCUAAGUAUUCAAUUCCACUUGACAACUGAUGACACGAUCACCACGGGCAUGGCAAUGAACAGGCUAUACCUGGCAACAGAUUCAGUGUCUAUGGUUGUCCUGUGUCAGCUGUAUGACCCAGACAAUGACACUGAAAACUCGAGAAUACAGCUUUUCACAGAGUACACCUCCCUUGGUCUGAGCCCUCUCAUCACUAUCAGCAAUGCCACCAGUUCCAGGGAAUUCCGCUUUGAACUUGCCACGGAGUUGCAUGCCUGGAAGCUCAACAUCAGCAGGUUUGAUCUGACAGGAGAGGAGAGAGCAGGAACCAGUAGCUACGCACAGUGGGAUGCCACCGUGUAUACCGCCAAUAGCCUUCACCUGUUUUCUACCUACGCCACUGUCAUCGAUCUUCUCACAGAACCACUCUGGAGGAGAAAGUUUCCGAAUCUUGUUUCGUCUCCGCCUGCAGAGGUGUUUGAUGGAGCUGAUGGUGUGAAGGUGGUUUCCAGCCCAUGCUCUCCUGAUGUAGCUGCCAUACUGCUGCAGACCUCAGCUGCUCACCCAGGUGUGUACUUGGCAGUAACGCGCGGAGCAUUCGCCGCUGGCUCCACCUACUGGUAUGACCUCAGCCCUAGCCUCUCGGACACUUGCCGUGACGCUACUAAACAAGACUGCAGCGGCUUGCGGCUGGUAGAUGGAGUUCUCAGCAAUCGUCACCUGCUGUUGCUGAGCGACCGAGGCGUGUUUGUGAGCGAAUCGCUCAUGCAGGGCGCGUCAGGCAGCACGCUCGCUUUCACCUACGUCAACACGUUCCACGGCACGAGUCUCUCGCAGGCAUUUCAGAAUGAAGGUGACCAUUUCCAGAUGUCCCACACACAAUUCUGCAUGGAUAGGCAACACGAGGUUUACACACGAGACUUGGUGGCUGUGUUAUACACUGGCGCGACUGAUCACAGCUGGCAGGUCGAGGAUGGCGCCGUCUACAGCUUUGCACCAUUUACGACGUGGGUGCCCGUCUAUACGGCUGAGACUGCACCCGCUCAGCUGCAAGCGGUGCUAUCCGUGCAGCACAACCACCACAGAGAUGCAGUCACCUUGCUCUAUCAGACAAAUGAGGGAAAGAGGCAUGUGGCAGUUAGACAGCUGGACAGCGUAGGAAAUUUAUCCAAAAAGGUCUUCUUCCCGCCCUUCUCGUUCCCGGAUGGCAGUUUGAUUAGUACGCUCACCUUUAAUCCAACCUCCAACGACCUCUACGCUACAGGAUCGGAGGUGUGGCUAUCGCUCGACGGUGGAAACUUUUUUGAAAAGCUGCACCCACAGAAUGGAUCUUCUAUCGCAUCUAUAGCCAUGAGCAGGAAUGAUAACUCAAUCGUACUGGAAACUUCUUUGGGAGUGCUGCUGUAUGGCAAAACAGGUAUACCGAGACUCGCUGUGCUACAGGACAUUGCACCUGCAUCACCCCUGCAUCACCUCUACAUACGUCACUGUGGCGCCAUCUACCAGCUGACAGUGACCAGUGGCUCCAUCUCGUCCACGCUCAUCAACAUCACUCGACUGGAGCACACAGACGUGUCGUUUGCACGCGCGCUCGUGCCGCAGUACAUCACCGAGGACGACCUGCUGCUGCACGAGUACGCCUCGCUCGAGCCCGCCGACACCGACCCAGCCUCGGGAUUCCUGCCCACCUUCACCGGCAAGCUGCUCUCACUCAGGCAAGGUGGCGCCGCCCUGGUGACGGAGGUCCGGCAUUGGCACUCCGUUCCUGGUUACGUUUCUGCGCUGCGAAUGUUUGUGUUGAAGCCAUUCACGUACGAGUCGCUGCAGGACAGCCCAGCACAGGCGUACACUCUCCUGGCAGAACUUCCAAGUCCUGAUAGUAACUACUCUCAGCUCAUAUUACAAGAUGUGACAGGGGCAGGCUGGCAGGAGACAGACGUUGGCAAGUCUGUAGUGCUGCCCAGUUACUCGUUCCUCGUCGUUGAGCGCGUCAAUGACACCCACAGCAUCGGCGCGCCAGUGAUGCACCUGCGAGUGGCCCUGACGGCACGCGAGGGCCAGUGGUUCAUGUACAACAUCGGCCUGACAACACUGACGCCAGGCGAACGUCCGUGGAUGCUCACAGAAGACAGGUGUCGCCACCGGUUGUUUGUUGACGACGUGUUGCGGAGGAGGCAGCUAUUUGAGCUGGAUGCGAAGGAAAACGCCAGUUUCUCUGUAGCAGCGCGCAUCUGGGGAGCAGGUCCCGCACAAUCCCUGGCUCCCGCUACUGUUUGCCACUGA